AUGCUAGAUGUGUGUAGACGGCAGAUUGAGUCAAGCAAUAACAGUUACGAUCCUCACAAUUCUCAAAACGAAGAAUCGCAAUUUGAAAAUGACCGAAAAAACUUAUCAGAAUCGUUAAUGGGACAAUCAGAAAAAAGAGUCAAGUUGAGUGUUGAUGAGAUGUUGAGCAAUCCACCUGUAUCUAAUGAGCAUGAAACAUAUUUCGACUCGCUGGAUUUCCAAGGCCUCAAUUUUCCUUGUGUUGAUGAAUCUCUGGUAGUAUCCGUAGCAAUUGAUGAUCUGGUUACGGAGGGAAUAUAUCUACAAGAUCAAGAACUGCCAUUGAUUACAAACAAUUGCAUCAAGGAUGCAGAAACUAAUCAACAGGAUAACGAAAUUCUUCAAGCUGGAAACGAAAAUAUAGAAAGUGCAAAUGAGAGUGGAGAUAGUAGCCAAAUGGUUGAUAAUAUAGAUGAUGAUGUACAGGUAACUCAAAACGGAAGUAACGUCAAACCAUUUGCAGUUAAGAAAGUUAAAGAGCGCAAAAGUAAACGUAAUUUAGGAAUAAGUUAUUGUACUAUAAAGGGCAAAAUUAUUGAAUCCAGGAGACUUAAGCCCUUGAGGGACAACUGUAGAAAUAGAUGUAAAGAUAUUUUAACGGAAGAUAUGAGGACACAAAUUUUUGACGAGUAUUGGUCGUUGGGAAGUCAUGACCGUAGGGUGGCUUUUAUUGCAGGAUUGAUAAAAGUCCAAGAAAAAAAUGUGACAAGACGAAAAAUUGAAGGCAGAGCAACAAAAAAUAGGAAUAACACAUACAAGUAUAAAUUACUUGUAAGAGGUGACGAAAAAAAUGUCUGUAAAGUGUGCUUUUGUAAUACCCUAGGCGAGACCGAAAAAUUCGUAAGGUGUGCGGUGGAAAACAAGCUGUCUUCAACUAGCGGAAUCACCCACGAGGACCUGAGAGGGAAAAACUCACCUCCCCAUAAGACGCCAAUAUCGAAAAUCAAUGAAGUUAAGAAACAUAUAAAUUCCUUCCCAGCCUACAAAAGUCACUAUUCCAGGCGACAUUCAGAUAAGAAAUAUUUACCAUCUGAUCUAAAUAUCAGUAUCAUGUACAAGUUGUAUUGUGAACAGCACCCUGGAAAAUCUGUAUCUUUUACUAUCUAUAGAAAUCUGUUCCAUACCAUGAAUUUAAGGUUUAAGAGACCCAAGAUUGAUACAUGCACAAAAUGUGAUACACUUAACGCUAAACUUAAGUAUACGAUUUCUAACAAGGAAAAUGAAAAGAAGCAAAUAGAAGAAUUACUAGAAAAACAUCAAAACGAGGCAGAAAAUGCGUAUAAAUCUAAAUUAUUGGACAAAGAAAAAUACAAACUCAAUGAAAAAUGUGUGACCUACGCUUUUGAUCUUCAGCAAGUCUUACCUACACCUUAUUUAACAUCGAAUAAGAUGUUCUAUCUAAGACAGCUAUCAACUUAUAAUUUAACCAUACAUAAUUGUUCAGAUGGAAAAUCGAGUCACUUUAUGUGGCCCGAGAGCACGGGUGCUAGAGGAGCAAAUGAAAUUUCAUCUUGCAUUUAUAGAUUCAUCAAGUCAAUCCCGGAGAGAACAGAUCACUUAAUUUUCUAUUCCGAUACAUGCGGUGGACAAAAUAAAAAUUUUAUUGUUAUGAACAUGUUUCAGUACGUUGUUCAUACUCAUGCAACCGUUAAUAUGAUUGACCAUAAGUUUUUGGUUCCUGGGCAUACGCAUUUAGAGUGUGAUAUCGAUCACUCGGUGAUUGAGCGAGCCAAAAAAAAGACUUCAAUUAGUAUUCACGUUCCAAGAGAUUGGUACCAAUUAGUGAGAACUGCGAGCAAAAAAGAUAAAUUUUCUGUUUUUCCUAUGGAAAUUGACCAUUUUUUGGCUUUUUCGGAAUUAUCCACAAAAGGACCUCUCCAGAAAAAAAAAUUCAAAAUAAGAGAUAUUCGUUGGUUAAGGUACACUAAGAAUGCCACACACAAGAAUUGUUUGAACGAAGAGGAACCAUUCAUAGAGGUUAAUUUAUUCAGAAAGGGGCAUAACCCUUCAAGUCUAAAGGAUACUCAAUUAAAAAAAGUUUAUAAUGGCCCACGGCCUAUCAGCAGCUUGAAGAAACAAAAUCUGGUAGAAAUUGUUUCUGCUUUAGACAAAGAGGUUCAAUCAUACUACAAUGAGUUGAAAACUGAUAAAAAAAUCGAGGAAGAUACAGAUCCAGAUGUAGAUAGGUAUCUAACUGAUGAUGAAGAAUGCUAG